AUGACGGCUAUACGCAAAUUCAAUUUGUACUGCAAACAAUUAGAUUCGCUCUAUGAUCCAUCUUGCACGAUUCCUUUACCUACUCCCCUCCCCACAAAGCUUACUGAACUCCAUGCCAAUCCCACACUCAUGGAGGACGUGUGGAUCACUCCAUCUAUUGGGGAGGUCCCAUGGGAAGAACAGGUGCGCCUUGGCACCGAAGCUGAUAAUCUGUGUCAUUUUUUUGGGGAAGAGCUUGCAGCACUCAAGUUUGCUCUUCGCAUCCCAGAAUGUGAGCCUUUUACAGCCACCCUAGAACAGUGCUGGUCUAACUUCCUUCAGCUUCAAUCAUGCUGGAGCAACUUGCUUGCGUCCUCAUUACGGUUCACUACCCAGGUUAAGGAAGCUGUAGACAUUGCAGCUACCCUCUCAGGAGGCUCUCAGAGCACUGCCCUUCAUUGGAUCCAUACCACAAGGCUCACCAUACCCAAUCUUGAUGGUGAAGAUGAGCUGGUGUCUGCUGACCUUGAUGAUCCACCACAGAUUGGCUUGGAACAAGCCACACUCACUGAUGUUCUUGAGCGACAGAUGGGCAUGUUAAUGGACGAUGACAGCAAGUCAACUGACAUAGGCUAUGACAUUAAAGCCACCAUCGUGUGGGAGCUUCCUAAGCAAGACAUCCAGACUUUACCUCCUCUCAGAUUCCGGACCACAUCCACCACCUCACAUAUCUCAGUCCUGUUUCUGCCCUGCCUUCCAGAUCCCCAGAUCUCUGGACCAUUCCCACCCUCUGUCCAAGAUCCUGCUCCUAUCCCCAUUUAG